AUGUAUAAUAUAUCUAACUUCUCAAUCAGACUUCGCUAUCUUAGGUUAGAAAAAACAGAAGAAGCAAACAUUCAACUGAGGCGAAUGCUUAGUGACACGGACAGAGCUUGCAAAGAUCUGCAACAAGCCAGUCAAUUGGAUGACGAGCCUCGAUUCACACUUGCCGAGUUGCGAGAAGUGUUGCAAGAGAAAAACGUGCUGAAGGGUCGAGUAAUGGAGUUGGAAGAGGAGUUGGAAAAUCUUCGGCCGGGACGAAAAGAGCGAGAAGUGGAGGAUUUGUUAAGGUUUGGGUUGUUUGUGGUUCGCUGGUCUAGCAGAGGGAGAGCUUCGUUUUGGGGUCUAAAUAGGGUUUACUGUUGAUU